AUGAAGUCAGUCUCAGUCGUCAUCGUUGCCCUUAUCGCGCAAGUCCAGGCCGGACUUCGUUUUGGAUGUUCAUCACUGACCAUCCAACGCCUCGACCCUGUUGUCGAACCGGGCAAGAACCCCUCUGCCCAUCUGCAUCAUAUUGUCGGUGGAAAUGCCUUCAACGCCACCAUGACGGGCGAUGUUGGUGAGAGGGGUACCUGCACUACUUGUGAGAUGGCUGAGGACUUUUCCAACUACUGGACGGCCGUUUUAUACUUCAAGCACCCGACCAACGGCUCAUAUCACCGUGUACCGGUCACCAACAAUGCCGCUCUUGCAUCAGGUACCAAAGGGGGAAUGACCAUCUACUACACUCAGCAUGACUUUAGCACGGAUGAUCUAAAGCACCAGUAUAUCACGGCUUUCCCUCCAGGAUUCCGUAUGACUGUUGGCAGCCCGACCACAGAUACUCUGGCUCAAGCAAAGGGCCACAUUGGGUUGCGAUACAACUGCCUUCAAAGCCUUCUUAACAGAGGUGCAGAAAUGGUCGACUUCCCGACCAAGCCUUGUCCCGCCGGCAUCUUCACUGUUCACCAUUUCCCGGCAUGCUGGGAUGGCAAGAACCUGGACAGCCCCGAUCACCAGUCUCACAUGUUCAACACUAUCAAGUAUGACGGCUUCACCAAUGCGCCCGCUUGCCCUUCUUCGCACCCUGUCCGCAUGCCGCAAUUGACAUACGAGACCGUCUGGGACACCACCAAGUUCAACAGCCUUUGGCCGUCUGGCGCUCCCAACCCCUUCGUUUGGAGCUUCGAGGGCAGCAGCGGGUACGGCACUCAUGCCGACUACAUGUUCGGCUGGAAGGGCGACUCGCUCCAGCGCGCUAUGAACAAGUCCGAAUGCUUCUACGAUGGCUGCGGGUCCAUCAAGAAGCAGGCCAUGGCCACGGCCAACCAGUGCACCGUCAAGGAUAUGGUUGGCGAACAGACCGACGGCUGGGUUACUAAGCUUCCCGGUAUGAUUUCGUAG